AUCGUGCGAGUUGCCAACGUGUGGUUUUAGGCAAAUCACCUUAUCGCGCAGAGAAAGUGGUGGUAGUUGUGUGAAAUCACCGUCAAGAAUGAUACUACAAAAUGUUCAAGACGGUACGGCUCGCCUCGCCGGGAAGGCUCUGAGACUGGUCUGGGGCAAGAACAAGCCGGUCACCAUAACUGUGGUGGUGGUGGUUGGCGUGAUGAAAAUAUGGAGCUACGUGAAGAAACAGGAGAGGAGGAGGAGGUGGAACAACGCCGGCAAGGACGUGGUGGUCCUGCACAUUCCGCCCCGGGGAUUCUUCUGCCCGAAUAUUUCUCCCUUCGCCGUCAAACUCGAGACCUACGUCAGGAUGGCGGAGAUCCCUUAUGUGGUCGACCACGAGGAGCCCUUUGGACCGAAGGGGAAGACGCCCUGGAUCACCCUCAACGGCGAGGACGUUGGCGACUCGCAGAUGAUCAUCGAGAAACUGGCGGCCAAGUUCGGCAAGGAGUUCGACGCCCACUUGUCGCAGGAGGAGAAGGCCGUGGCUCACGCCCUGCGCGUCAUGGUGGACGAGUACUUUUUCUGGUGCCUCGGUGUCUUCCGCUUCGGCCGGGAGCGCGGUCGCCACCUGGCCUACAACACCUCCCUUCCUUGGAUUUGCCGGCCAUUCAUGCCCAUGUUCAUUAACCAGUAUUUGGAGGCCACGAAGGUCCAAGGCGUAGGGCGACACAGCUACAGGGAAGUAGAUGAGUUGGGGAGGAAAUGCCUUCAGUCGCUCUCGGCUUGGCUCGGUGAGAAGCCGUUCAUGAUGGGUGCCAGUCCGACCGAUGUGGAUGCUGCGGUCUUCGGUUUGCUGACGCGAGACGUGUUCUGUCCUCCGGUGUCGGACUACACGAGGAUGCUCGAGAAGGACUACCGAAACCUGCACGCGCUCUGCCACCGGAUAAAGGAGAAAUUCUGGCCGGACUGGGACAAGUGCCUCGACCUGAAAGGCAGGGAUCGUGUUCUGCGGAUGAUGGAGAGAGGGAAAUGCAGCAGUUAGGCAACAAAUGUAGUUGAAUAAUACACUGUUUUUUGUUUUUUUUUUCUGAGACCUGCAACGUUGUCCAGUAGUUCGUAAUUAUGAGCCAAGGUAUCGUUUAAGGCCUAUUCUGCUUUAUUUCGGUGGCUGAGACAGAACAAUUCAUGGGGUACUUUCCAUGACACAUGUAUUGAAUUGAUUACAUGGUAUUAUUUAUAUGAUUACGUGUUAUAUGUUACUGAUACAAAUAAGAAAAUAAGUGUCGUUGUUGUAAAUUGCGUUUUAUGAUUUAGACAUAGCAUACAGUUUGAGAACUGCAUAUGACGCUAUUUUAUUUGUUGUAAUGUCUUUGAUGUAUUGUGUGAAUAAAUGUGAUAAACUAUUA